UAAAUAUGGAAAAUAAGGAUUUCCGUCUUAUCCAGCAUGUAAAUAUGGAGAAUGAGUGCUUAAAGCUCCAGAUAUGUGAUGCCAUUCAGAGAAAUUCAUACUAUAUGCAUGACUUCUAUGAUUUUGAUGGCUCAGCCUUCAAAAUUAUUAAUGAGAAAGACGCCCCACACAAAACUAUGCUCUGCUUCACCUGCAGAGGCGCCCAAACUAUCCUCGACAACGGUGGACAGCAACUGCUCGAAGACAAAUACGCAGAGUUUUGCCUUGGAGAUACCCAUGAAGGCUUCGAAGUUGUCCUGACUCUGGACCCAGCCACAAAGCCUCAGAAAGUAAAGGCUCCUUCAGGCGCCUCAGACGAAGAGAAAGCCAAGAUUAAGGAAGACAACGCACAGGUCAAGAUCAAGCUUGCCGAGCUUGCUGACGAAGUCGCUGGGAGAUGGUGCAGGCUGAAGAGCGAGUUUAUGGGAGCACCCAUCAGAAAAGCUCUUGUAAGUCUCCAAGAAGAUAGUAAAGAUAGCUAUUUUGUUGAAGUUCCAUACAGAAAAGAUGAAAAAUAUUGGGUCAAGAAGCAAGAAACAAGCGCAUUGUUUUACUACAAUCUUAACUUUACUGACCCCACAGACAUCGCUUUAACCAGGAUGAUGUGUAACGAAUUAAAGGACACCAAGAAGAUAUCGACGCAGUCAAUUACAGUAAAUUAUCAGUCCAAGGUUUCCUUAGCUGUCGAUUUAGUGGCAGAGCUAGGUCUUGACCCAGAGAAGAGCAAGUGUGGUUUGAUCUCCUUCACUCUGAAGAAAGAGCAUAUUAAGAAAAACUUAGAGACAGCUUGUUACUUCUUGACAACGUUUAGGCAAUACGUGGAGUUCCAUAUCAGGAUGGUAAAGCUCUUAUUACACUCGAGAAUGAGAAAAAGAAUUUCCAAAUUCGAGAUUGUCUUCGCUAAGUCAUUAAGAGAAGGACUUCACAAGAAGAUUGAGACAAAGACAUUCAUGAGAGACAACAGGUCACGCAAGCCUGAAGAAGAGAAGACCAGCACAUCAUCUAGAAUGAAUGAGGAAGAGUACACAAUAGGGUAA